CACCAGUCCGUCGCGUCAGUUCAGUGUGCGACGAACGACCGACCGGGACUGGCAGAAUGCUAACAGAGAGCAGUGUCGUGGUAGUUAGUUAGUUAGUCAGUGUGUAGUAUACGCGCGCGCGGGGAGAGCUGUUUUAGGUAAAUAGCCUGAAUCUAAAUCAAUGAAUCGUGUAGUAGCCGUGCCGGGGAGUGUUGUUGUUUUUGUUAUUUUUAUUUUCGCGCUGCUGCCCGUCGCGUCCGUCCGUUCCGUUUGUUCGCUUCUACUCUUUGGGAGUACUCUCGCCAGCGCGCGCCGCGGCCGUGUCUCUCGUAGAAUCCAGUCCAGAUCGCGCGUUGACACGGCGCGAUGGGAUGGUAGUCAGUAUGGAGUAGCCGUACAGUAGCGGUCGAAAAAUUGUAGGAUUUGUUAUCAAAUUUUGUUUGUCGUAAAUUGAAGUUUAAGUGACACUCCCAUUCCGGCCGCUCGGUUUGUGUAACUCCAAUUUGGCGCGGUCAGCGACAAUCCGCGAAGCAACAACAACAACGCCCAAUCGUUGAAUCAAUUUAAGUAGUGCAUAGAGCAACAGUGUUUGUUUGCGUGUAUGUUCUAUAUUUUCGUACAUAUUGGUCCCGGAAGAGAAGAAAUUCCGAGCGUGCGCGUGCCCGUUCGUUCGCGAAAGUGUGUCUCCGUGUCUCUGUGUGUAAUCAAUGGCCAAUUUUAAUCGCAAGGUGAAAAGUUUACGUCCCAAUGUCGUAAAGUGUAGUGUCCCGUUGUGUUUUUGUUGUGAUGAUUACCUCGUGAUGGAUGGACGAGGAUGAUGUUGUGCGCGCGGUUGAGAAAUAAGGAAGAAAGAGAGCGCUAAGUAAAACUGCAAAGCUCUUAUCACGGAGAAGGCACUGAGUGUGUGUAUGUGCUCGAAAUAAUAUGCACCUAUCAGUAACCCAGUCAAACAGCAGCAGCAGCAGCAGCAACAGUACGACGACUUUGACAACAGGCGCACCAACAGCGCUAGCUAGCUACAAUUCGCAGUCCUCCGGCAGACAGCACCCUCCGGAAAGUCAACAGUACUACCAGCAGCAGCAGCAACAGCAUCAGGGCUUUCAGCAGCAACGGGAUUUGGUUGCCAGAACCCAGGCUGGCACGAACGGUGGAAGCGGUGAUAACCAAGGUCACCGUCAACAGAACCAACAACAGCAGCAGCAACAGCAACAACAACAACAUCAACAGCAUGGUGCAAUCAUAACUACAGAAUGUGAUACCGAAGCGGAGAUCCCGGCCUCUGUCAUCAGCAGCGUUGGCGCGGUAAACUAUCAGCAAUCGACGGCUGCGGUCCGGCAGCUGUACGUUGUGGCACCGGUGGUUGGCUAUGGGUCCGGAGGCGGUGUCGGUACUGCCUUCCACGCCACCAACAUCACCGCUGCUACGAGCAGCAGCAACGACAAUGUGAAGGGUCAUCCCCAACCCUACAGCAACAGUGCUAGCGAAAGUGCCAAUCAUCAUCACCAUCAGCAACAGCAGCAGCAGCAGCAACAACAACAUCUUCAGUUUCAUCAAUCCGGUAGUGGCAGCAACGACAGCCAAAGGAUGAUAUCACAAACCAGCACCGGUAGCUCCUCGACGCCGACGGUCUACAGUUCCGCAGCGUCGUCGACGGCGGCGGCAACGGCGGCAGCUGCAGCAGCAUCGGUGGCCAACAACAGCAACGGAAGUACAAAUCAACCCCGCCAGCAUCCGAAGAAGCGCAAGUUCUAUCUGGCUGACCUCGAGGAGAUGGAAUCCCACCGGGGCAGUGCAGGUUCCUCCGGGCCGCCAUCGCAACCCGUCGACACGGGAGGAACCUCGCUGCUAAACGGGAGCAAUAUUAGUAACAGUGCUGUAAAUAAUAGUAGUAGUAAUAGUCACAAUGUUGUUAGCAUAGAAAGCGAUCAGAACGCGGCGGGCACGGGCGAUGUUUUCUCGGGGACAUCGGGCCACACCGAACUUCCAAACAGUAGGCCACCGUCGGGCUCUUCGGCGUCUCCCUCGGUGGCCUAUAGUAGCAGUUGUAGCGGCAACAAUCUAGGUGCAAUAAUAACCGUUACUUCGAUGGCACAGCUUCAACCGCAAUCGAUAAACGCGAUGAGCGAACGUGUUGUCAGCUGUAGCAGUCCCAGUACUAACAGAAAUAACAGCAGCCACAGUAACAACGGUACUAUGGAAGGAGCUAGGCUUCAUUCGCAACAGAACUACGAGACCAUGCCACAGCAGCAGCAGCAACAGAGGCAGAUAAUGCUGCCAUCGGAUUCGGUGAGGCCUCCCCAGCAGCAACAGCAGCAGCAGCAACCAGUCAGGAUACAACAAACUGCCGAUGCAUACUACGGCAAUAAGAAAAUCUACACCAGUACUUCUUAUGGCUCACCUAUCAACAGCUAUAAACCGGCUGCCACGCCUCCGUCUUCGAUGGCGCAGUCCAUUCAACAACAACAGCAGCAGAUCGUGGGGUCACCUUCUUCGAUCCAGCAACAGCAUCAACACCCGCAACAGCAGCAGCAUGGUCCACCCUCCAGCAAUACCCCACCGGACACGGGAUCGCAUCACAUGAGCAGCAGCAGCAGCAGUACACCGCCAGUCGCCGCCGGAAUGAUCUCAAGCAACGCUACUACCUCGUCCUCCGGACCACCUCCACCGCCACCAACGUCGGCGUCCUCGUCGGCGUCAACGUCGGGUCCCUGCGGGGCGGCGGCACCAUCGAGCUUGAUCGAUCUGAACGACUGGGCCAACAACUAUCGGGUGCUGGCCCGACGGAAAGACUUCUACGAGUCGGGGGUGAUACGGUCUACACCGUCGCCCAGCACGGUCGUGGUGCAGUUCGACUAUCCGGAGGGAAGCGUGCAGAAGUACGAUGAUGUGUUUGGCGCUGGUCGCUACGAUAUCAUCGACGACGCGUGUCCUUCCGCGUCGGACGUGGGUCCCGGCAGUAGGGUGUGCGUUCGGAUUCAAACCGUGCCCGCCUAUCCGACCGGGAACGUUUUCGUCGAGGCUGUGGUUAAAGAAAUGCAUAAUAGUACUAAGAAGUUUUCCGUGCAAUUCAUUGGACCCGGUGGAGGGGCACAGGAGAUAAAGUUGGUGAAAAGGGUAGACAUCCGACUGCUGAAACCCCCCUGGUGGGAUGAGCUGGAAGAGAUGGUAGAAGCAGUGGAGGGUGCCCGGAACCGAUCCCAACCUACCCCAGUCAGUAGUAGUAGGUCCGGUCCAGUGAGCUAUCACAGCGCGGACGGAAUGUCUCAACUGCCCGCCAAUGCCAUCGUGUACAGUCAGAGUUCAGUUCCCCCGGUCAGUGCGUCGGGAGUUCCGUACAAAGCCAUCAGCAUCACGCAAGGGCGUGGUGUGGCGGCUGCCGCGCGAUACGAUCCCCAACAGCAGCAGCAGCAACAACAGUCACAUGUGCCAUUACAGUUCCAUCAGAUUCUUCCGACGCUGCACGUGAACGAGGAACACUAUCGGACGGCGGCGACCUCACCGAUGACGGCAGGACCAACUGGGUCCGGUGGUGGUGGGUUCGAUGGCCAGCCGACAACGACUCUUAUAGCAAAUAAUCACUAUCAGGCACAUCACCUCGCCUCCCAACAGCAGCAAGGAGGGAACGAGUUGGGGGCGCCUGGUGGCUCAAAUACAGUAUUAACGUCUGGCAGUCCAGACGAUUUGCACGUUGCAAAUCGGAACUUCUUCGACUACGAAAGCGACGACGAACUGCGGCGAGGAGAGAUCAACUUCCGUAUGGAUGGGGAAAACGAAAAAUACUCAGGCAGUAGCAAGCGAAGCAGCAUGCAAAGUCGUGGCAGUACGUCUAGCUUACUGGACCAGCGCAGUACUCCCAGAUCUCAACCAGCAACUCCAAGAUCUCAAGCGGCGACGCCACAUCGCUUCAAGAAGGGCGACGUCGUGUCCACCCCCAACGGUAUACGGAAAAAGUUCAACGGCAAACAGUGGCGACGGUUGUGCUCGAACGAGUCUUGCUCUAAAGAAUCUCAACGACGCGGCUAUUGCUCGCGGCAUCUCAGCCAAAAAGGAAACGCCCUGCGUUCGUCCGCCGGUUCCACGGCCAACCAUUUCGCUAGUAGUCGAUCUAGCAGCAAAACUCAACUGGACGAGGACACUUCUCGGGAUUCGGAAACGUCGCCAAACUACCGGGUAACCGGACGGUUUGACGAAACGGAAACGGACGUAGCCAAUAUGCUGGUGUCCCUGAGUAGUUCCCGGUCGGCAACGCCAUGUACGUUCUCAUCGCCAACGGGGCACGCAUCGUCUCCCCUGGCCAGCACAACCCAGUCACCGGUGACCAUCGGGAACCGGCAGAACGUCUUCAUGCCCAUCGGGAGUCCGGCACCGUCCUCCUCCGAACACCACAGUAAAUUCAAAACCAACACUCCCAGUCCCAUCAUGUACGGUGGCGGCGGUGGUGGUGGUGCUGGCAGCGGUAUGCAUGGCCUCGGUGGUUCCGGUGGGAUACCGAUGAAUCUCGGUCCCCAGCAGCCGCCCCUGAUACGACCGGAACUGUUGCGACCCUCACAGACCACAGUAGUGCCCCAGCAGCCGCCGAUCGUGUCGUCGCUUCCUCCCACGGGACACGCUACCAGCGUGAUACGGAUAUCGCCAGCAUCGUCCCACAGCUCCGGCCAGCAUCCGCCGGGGCUGUACUCUUCCUUUCACGGCCAACAACAGUUGCCACAGGUAAUAGUCGAUCCGGGUCAACCGCCAUCGCAACAACAACUGCAACAUGUGCCCAAUCGGGGGCCUCUCAUGGCACCUCAAACGGCGAUCCAAUUGCAACAACAACAGCAGCAGCAGCAAUCAAUCGUUCAACAGCAACAACCACAGCAACAACAACAACCGACCGUGCCAAAAAACGGCAUUAGCACGGGUUCCAUCUUUCAAUGGCAUACAUUACUUCCGAUAAUCCAAGCUCCGGCCUCGAAAACGUUCGUCCACCACCACCAUCAAUCGAGCUACUCUCCAGCUCAACUCCACCACCAGCAGCAGCAGCAGUCAUCCGGCGGCAUUCCACAGACGGCGGUCAACCAGACAAUCAUUGCGUCACCGACGGUCCGGAUGUGCACGCCUCCACCGUCGGAACCGGCUGCCGAUGACGAGUGCGACGACAAUGAGGGAGAUGAUGAUGUUUUUGAAGCAGAGCCCGUGAAAACCAACUACAGCACCAACAACAACAAUAGCAACAACAAUCAACAAUUGGCCGGGAGAGACAACUUUCAAAGCUCCGGUGGAGGAAACCAGCAACAGCUGCUCCGGGGAAUGGACAUCGAAGCCGGACCGGGUUCGUUCGCGAAUCAGAAUCUAGUCCAAGGCGGCAAUGCUGGAGGAGCAAACAGCAGCAAAGCGGAGAGCGAUUCCAUCAACAAGAGGCGGACACAAUCCUGCAGUGCAGCGCUGCAGGCGGCUAAGGAAGCCGGAGGAGGAAAUGGCCCACCCAGUGCAAAGGAACCACAGAGUCCCUUGAACAAGAAGGACGCCAAGAUCCGACGACCGAUGAAUGCGUUCAUGAUCUUCUCCAAAAGACACCGAGCGCUCGUUCAUCAGAAGCAUCCCAAUCAGGACAACCGGACGGUGAGCAAGAUCCUUGGGGAAUGGUGGUACGCCCUGAAGGCAGAGGAGAAAACCAAGUACCACGAGUUGGCCAGCGAAGUCAAAGAGGCUCAUUUCCGGGCUCAUCCGGAGUGGAAGUGGUGUUCCAAAGAUCGGCGGAAAUCGUCCUCCUCCACCAAGGAUGGACGUGGUCGGAUGGAUUCCUUCGACGGGAACGAUUCAUUCGAUGAGAAAAGUCCCACGACACCGUCGGAACAUGGUCCGGCCGGUGCUGCGGUUCCACAGUUGAAUGACAUCAUUCCGACGACCAUUGCACCGUACAACACCGGUGCUACCGGAAGUAACCCUGAUGGCGACGAAGCUGCUGGACGACCGGACGGCACUGGGGAAAAAAUGGAUCAUGACGACGGGGGCACGAUGUCCGAUGACGACCAGCAGAUGGUGAUUGCGGAAGAAUCUGCGGCAAUGCACAACCCGGCGGCAAGCGGCGAAACGGGCGAAAUGGAUCUCAAGUGCGCCGAAAAGGUGGGCGAUUCGGACGUGGACGAUGUCGCCAACGCCGGUGGUGCCACCGGGAUUGGUGGGGGUGGUGCUACCGGCACUGGCGAAGAAGAUGAAUACAGGGCGAGAAUCAAGGUUUCAGAAUCAGUGGUUUCAUCAUCCUCUCUCGCGAACGACAACAUCCCGACGGAUUACUCGAAAACGGCGACGGCACCGAUUCCACCGGCCAGCAAUAGCAGUAGUAGUAGUAGCUCGGCGCCGUCCACUCCCUCGGAUCCGCUGACGUGCAAACCGAAACCGAUCAAGGUGGCCCUGUUGCCUCCACCGGUGUCCCACCCCACCCAGGGUGGUCACCCAGGUGGCGGUGGUACUCCCCAUGGAGAACCAACACCUGGGCCACCGGGAGGCAUGCUUCACCACAGCUACCAUCACCAUCAAACGCCGCUCAGCUACUCGUAUGGUAGCCCGAAGAACCCGAUCGGUGUGUCGCCGUUUCAGCCUACUGGCGGAGCCUUUAAAACCAUGCCGCAAAGCCCGAAAACCAUCGCCAAGCAGGAGCAGUACCAAUCAGUCAGUACUCCGACUGCUAUCAAAUCUGAACCGACGGACAACCUGUGCAAUAACAAUAACAACAACAUGGGCAAAAUUUCCGCCAAUGGCAACAUAUUCAACUUUUCGACCUCGGCUAUCAAAGAGCACCAGCAGCAACAACAGCAGCAGCAGCAUCAACCGUUUGUCUCAACAGACAAUAAAUGUAAAUCGAUUAGUUUGAAUCCUAUUUGUUAUACAAUCUCAAAUACUAACAACAACGGUGGUAACAACAAUGCCUCCCUAACCGGCACAAGUAAUAGCAAUAACACAAUCUUGAUGAGCAUGAAACAAGUUGUGCCAUCCCCGUCGGCGAUUUCCGCAGCAGUACAACAGCACCACCAUCAACAACAACAACAACAGCAGCACCAACAGCACCUUUUUCAUCAGCAGCAGCAGCAGCAUCCUCAUCAUCAUCACCACCUGCAGCAGUCGCAGCAAUCGUUCCCCGGUGGUCCAAAUGGCGGGGAUAAUGCGACUUCAGCGGCAGCGAUUCUCACGUCGAACCAGCUGUUGGCCGCGGCGGCGGCCGCUGCCGGUAGGCAGAAGUUCAUGUUCGCCGUGAAUGCAAAUAAUCCGCAGUUUACGCUCGUCCUACCCGACAGCCAACAGUACGCUCUCAAUGACCGUUCCAAACUGUACGCCACUCCAUCAUCUGCCAUCUCUUCUUCCUCAUCAUCCACUGCUUCCUCCUCGGCGGUCUCUCUUACUUCUGCGUCGUCUACUAUCCUGUCCUCUUCCUCCUUGGGAUCUUCCCAGAGCUCCUCCUCCACCGUGCCAGGUCUAGCCGCUUCAACCGCUUAUGCACUAACCACCUCCUCGAUGGUGCAGGGACCGCAAUUGAAGCCAGCCAUAUCAUCAAGUACAACAACAACCGCGACACUCCAACCAGUACAAUACUUGAUACAAGGAAAAAUACCGAACCUUCUCAUCUCCACAUCCGCACCACAGGCCUACCAGCAGCACCUCCAGCCACAACAGCCACCGCUCGUAAACAUCAAACAGGAACCGCCGGAAUCCCCUGGCGGAAGAAACCUUCCUGUUACGCCCAAUUCGUGCUCUUCGGCUGCCAUGGUCCCAACAGAUCCGGCCGAACAGCACACCCCCAUGUCGGUUCCGACCGGUGGGGCCUCCGAAGAGACUGACGAGGACUUCGAUGCUCCCGAGAGCAAGAAGUUCAUUCUGGCACCGACCCCGGCCCAGCUUGGCCGAGCGCCGUUGCAGCGGCGGCAAAUGAGCAACAGCAGCAACUCGUCGUCCGGCCAUCAACAGCAACAUCAGAACUCCGGCGACAGCAGUGACAACAGCAACGGAAGCACCACCCACCAGCAGCCGCCAUCUUGUACCCAGAUGCCAUCCGCACUGCCGACACCGACCUCGGCCACGCUUGACGACUUCCAGAGUCCGCAGAUUUCGCCCACAGUCAAAACGAAGAACUUCUUCAAAAAGGUCAAACCGGACGAUAUGGAUAACGUUCUCAGACAGGUCGACUUUGAGAAAAAGUUCAAAACCCUACCCCAGUUCAAACCGGAGGACUGCCAGUCGCCCAGUGCAAUCUCUGUGCCAUCGUCGCCACGUGUUUUCACACAAAACUAUCGUAAGAAAUCAGCGCAACAGCAGCAGCAGCAACUCCAACAACAACAGCAACAACAACAGCAGCAGCAGCAGCAGCAACAACAACAGCAAUUACAUCAGCAACAAUUGAAAACUCCCAUGGAGGAGGACCAUCCGCAGCAGCAGCAUCAUCCUCAUCACCAUCCGUCAGCUCAGCUCACCUCGGACAGCAGUGCUCCGCUUUCGUCCACGGCAACGCCUUCCAGCGCGUACAUCGUUGGCAAUCGCUUCUUCGGACCAGAUUUCAACAUGGAACAGUACAAAGGUUACUUCUCUCUCGUAGAUAUGGCCGCCGACAACACUGACCGUUCGCCUCGAACUCCGAAGACGCCCUCGGCACGGUCAGUCAACUCAGCCGAAGAGAAGGGCCACCGGAAGAUUCUGGAGCAGCGGCGCAAUUUGGUCAUGCAGCUGUUCCAGGAACACGGCAUGUUCCCGACAUCGCAGGCGACCAACAGUUUUCAGUUGGCCCACAGUGACAUCUUCCCGAGCAAACAGAGCUUGCAGUUGAAGAUCCGCGAAGUCCGUCAGAAGUAUAUGGCCCAACCGCCGGGCUUCACGCCACAAUCGGCAGGGCCGAUCACGCCGACCGAUCUCGGUGCCGGUACGCUAAACGAAGCGGCGCAGCAAACAUUGCAAAACUUACAACAACAGCAGCAGCAACAACAACAGGAUUAAUUACAGAACAAUGGUCACAACAUUUUGCUAAGGCAUUUCAAAAGCCGUAAUCAAUCGGAGGAUUUAAAUAUUGUAAUUUGCAAAAUGCGUAGCAAAACCGGAUGCUUUCGGCAAAACUCACGCUCCCCGCUGAUAGAAACAACAAAAAAAAAACAAAUAGAUAAUAAUUAUUUACUAUUACAAUCACUACUCAAUAGCCUAAACAAAAUAUACUGAAACUAAAACAA